GUUCGCAUUCGGUCCAUCCACAAAUACCGUUCCUCACCCAUCUGAAGACAAGCAUUUCAAACAAAAAUGGUUGGUCUAGGGAGAAUCCUCGCAUGUCUAGCUGUCAUAACUUCCGAACUGGUAGUCUAUGCGGCUCCCAGCUGUUCUCCACGUCUCAACCCUCGAAGUACACAUUUGUAUCCCAGGGAUGAGAUAUGCACCGCGCCCUUCAACCCCUCGGUAACCGCGCCCAAACCUAAUCCAUGGAAUCCUUUAAGCAACGCCGAAGUUAUCAAUCUUCUUGCAUGGCUCCACGCUCCGGCUCAGGGGUUAAACUUGACGGCGUUUGAUAACGCGUCGGCUUGGGAUAAUCGGGUUGAGGUUACGGAACUUUUGCCACCGAACAAGACUGAUGUCCUGACCUAUUUGGAUGGCUCAGGGCCCGCGCCCAAGAGAUAUGCUAGGGUUGUCAUCUCUUUCGGUGCGACAGAAAAUCCCUACUGGCAAGAGUUCAUGGUUGGCCCGAUUCCGGUUGUGCAAAGCGUUACCAAGAUUGAACCACUAAACUACCUCUACAACAAGGGGGAGGGGAAAUCUCCGAAUUAUGCCGCAGAUGAUAAGGUUCGAAGAGCAUGGCUUGGCCUCAUUGCAUUAAAUAUGUCUGACAUCACUCUGGAUAUUUUGGGAACGGAUUAUGGUAAUUCGAGCCUCUGGGGGAUAGACCCCCUCUGGGAAGAGAACGGAAGAAUCAUUAAUUGGGUUCAGUUUUGGUCUAACCCGACUGGCGGCUACGAUUCUUCCACUCUUCUCCCUCAGGGUCUCUAUCUCAAACUAGACAUCACGGGACGUGAUAUGAGCGGGUGGAAGUUGCUUAACAUUCUCUACGACAACAAGCUUUACAAAAGCAUUGACGAGUUUCGGGCUGCUUGGAAGUCUCCCGGCUUUAGAAAGCUCGCCAAGCAAGCCGACGGAGAGUGGGCUGGCACCGGCCAGACUGGUACAGCGCCCCCGUUAGACAUACGAUCUCCUCCAAUACAAAUCCAGCCCGACGGACAGCGGUUCGCAGUCGAUAAAGAUGCCAAGUAUGUUGAGUGGAUGGACUUCGCCUUUUACAUUGGCUUCACUAGGGACACCGGGGUCAAUCUAUAUGAUGUUAAAUACAAGGGCAAGAGAAUCAUUUAUGAGCUUGGCUUGCAAGAGGCAAUUGCCCACUAUGCCGGCAACGACCCCACGCAGAGUGGAACAUCGUAUAUCGAUAGUUUCUACGGGUUUGGGCCUAAUGUAUUUGAGCUGGUUCCCGGCUACGAUUGCCCCGCCUACUCCACGUUUCUCGACUCGACGGUGCAUGUGGAUGGCAACACCACGACCCAUAAGAACAGUAUCUGCUUGUUCGAGCAUGAUGCCGGAUAUCCCCUGCGGAGGCACACCGCUGCUUCCUACGUUUCCGUGACUAGAAACACCAUCUUCACACUUAGGUUUGUAGCAACGAUCGGUAACUAUGACUAUGAUUUCGACUACAACUUCUAUCUCGACGGCUCAAUAGAGAUUAAAGUGAGGGCUUCGGGCUAUAUUCAGUCAGCUUUCUACGCCCAUAACGAAGACUAUGGAUAUCAAAUCCAUGAUGCCACAUCCGGGUCCAUGCAUGAUCAUGUUUUGAACUUCAAAGCGGAUAUUGAUAUUCUCGGGACGAAGAAUACGUUUGAGAAAGUCGGCAUCGUACCGGCAACCACGGACUAUAUUUGGUCGACUUCCCCGCGGAAUACCAUGCGCCUCGAGCGUUCUUCGGUCAAAAAUGAGGACGAAGGAAAGAUAAAUUGGGCCACAAAUGGUGCUACCAUGUACGUCGUCGUGAACAAAGAUCAGCCAAACAAAUUCGGAUCAUCCCCUGGAUACAGGAUUAUGCCUGGAGCCGGAACACCCAUCCAUCUCACCAUCCAAAACUCUAGUAACCUUCAAAAAGCAGCGGAGUUUGCCACUCAUCACCUCUACGUUACGAAGCAUAAAGACACCGAACUGCAUUCGUCGACAGCUGCAAAUUCAAUGAACCCGAAGGAUCCACUCAUCAACUUCUCAAAGUGCUUUGAUGGGGAAUCGUUACUCCAGGAAGACAUCGUCGUCUGGUUCAAUCUGGGAAUGCACCACGUCCCCCACACCGGAGAUCUACCGAACACCGUCUUCACCACAGCCCAAUCCAGCGUCUUCCUCUCCCCGCACAAUUACCUACUGAGCGACCCGUCACGUGCCACGUCACAACAGGUGGAAGUCAACUCCGACACCGGCGACGCGGGUGUGACCGUGAACACGUUUGGCUCAACUUUGCCGUCGUGCACGAGACCCGAUUUGGCUGUGCUGUAUCCCGAUUUAUGCUCUUAUCAGGGCCCGCAGAGAACCAGAAAGUUCCCGUACGAUGGGAACCCGGAAUAGUCAAGUUGAACUGAAUUUAGUCAACGAUGGGUUUCUUUCCUUUUAUUUUAUUUUUAUUUUAGCUUAUUUAUUCAUCUAUUCACCUCAAAUGGCUAUGCAGGAAUAAAUAAUUGUAGUGUGGAGGAGCGGGGUAAGUAUUCAAGUAUGAUAAGCAAAUGUGAAUGAAUUAUUACCGUACAA